UUGGUGGUGGUGGCACUGGAGUUUGAACGUAGGAGUGCUUUACUAUUGAGCUACAUCCCUAGCCCUUUAUUUGGGUUAAGUGAUUGAUUGAUUGAUUGAUUUGGGUUUUUGAGACAGGGUCUCCCUAUGUAGCCCUGGCAGUUUUUAAAAUUGUGGCAAUCCUCUGCCUCUACCUCUUGCAUGCUGGAUUUACAGGUAUGUAUCACCAAGGCUGGCCACAGCAUUUUCUUUUUUCUUUUUUGAGACAGGGUCUUGCUCUGUAGUCUAGGCUGGUAAUUCACCUACCUCAGCCUCCCAAGUACUGAGAUUAUAGGCCUGUCCUGUCACACUCAGCUUCACGGCCCUUUUAAAAUUUUAUUUUGAGUCAAGGUCUUGCUAAACCACUAAAAUGUCCAGGCUGGGAUUGAAUUUGUGAUUUUCCUCCCUCAGCCUCAUGAGUAGCUGAGAAUACAGGUAUGCACUGCUGUGCUCAGCCUUUUUUUUUUUUUUUCCCCAAAGAGAAACACAGUGAGGGUUUAAAAUUUGUGGUCACCAUGGGAAUGGACAGAGUGAGAGGGCUAUGAAGAAUCCAAAGGAGAUUGGUUGGAUGUGGAAAUAAAAGAAGACUAGAUCCAUUAGAUCUGCAUCAGAAAGGAGAUUGGGAGGGAAGCCCAGGCUGUUGCAGCUAGGAUGAAAGCAAGAGAAACGAGUAUGUGUUGCGUUUAAGUCUCAGGCACUGACCAGACAUCCAGAUGGAGAUGUCCAGUAGGCAGUUGUGUGGAACUGGUGAGGGCAUCAGAGCUCUGAUGCCAGAGAGAUGCUAAGGACAACAGGCCUGGGAAGCAGCCUUAGAUUAGUGAUAGUGAACUUGCUGAGAGCUGUUGAGUGAGCAGAAUCUGGGUGCCAAAGUCUGAGCUCAUUAAGGGUUUCAAUCAUGCAAAAGAGGACUGGCAGAAUCACCUAAAAUAAGUUGAAGCCCUUCACAAACAUGAAGGUUGUAUGUGCCAUUCUUUUGCAAAGGUUGCUGAUGAAAACAAAGGAAAUGGUAGUGUCAGAGGAACGGCCAAUGACCCCCCACCCUGUUCUUACAGGAGAACCACUUCUUAUGCUUUUCAGUUAGCUCUCCAAGGGCAGAGGGCUAGGAUAGCUACCGCCCUUCUUUUGGAUCUAAACUUCCAGAAAUUCAAGCUGCAGAAGGCAGUGGGGAGAGGAAUGCCUCUUUGACAACUGCAGGCUGGACAGUGUGACAUUGCCAGGAUGGUGUGGAGGGAUGUAUCUUAGAAGAAAUACUCUGGAUUCAGACAGAACUGGGUUUGAAUCCUGUGCUUUGGCCACCCAGCUUGAUGACACUGGACAAGCAACUCGCACAUUCUUCUCUGUUCCUUAGCUGUAAAAUGGGAAUAGUUGUACCUAUCUUUCAAGGUAGUUUUUUUUUUUUUUUUUAAUUUUAUCGGUACCAGGGAUCGAACUCACGACCGCCUGCUUGCAAGGCAGGUGCUUAUGCCACUGAGCUAAAUCCCCAACACCCUCAAGGUAGUUUUGAGGGAUAGAGGCUAAUGUGCAUACAGUAGGUAUGCAAACAGUAGUGGCUGCUAUUAUGGGUCAACCCCUCCUGUGGCACAGAAUGGCUAACAGACCUACGGAUCAGUAUCUGUGGGGACCUCCGGAUCUCAGCGGGUAGCGAGGGUUUACUGCAGCCUCCUCCCACGAGGAGGUGGGGACAAGGUGGAGGAAGGGCUGCAGAAGGAGGAGCUCACUCCUCACGACCCGCCCGCCCGGUCCCGUCCAGUCAGGCCUGGUGGCCGAGGAAGCGCUGUCCUACUCGCCACUGCCCGAGCAGCCGUCCUGGUGUGGGUGACCCGUCCCGUCCAGUCAUGAUCCUGUGCCCCUCACUCUCGCCGCUCCACCUGCUGCUCCUGCUGCUCAGUGGGGCGCUGUGUCGGGCCGAGGCUGGGUCCGAAACCGAAAGUCCAAUCCGGACCCUCCAAGUGGAGACGCUGGUGGAGCCCCCCGAGCCAUGUGCGGAAACCGCUGCUUUCGGAGACACGCUCCACAUCCACUACACGGGCAGCUUGGUAGAUGGACGCAUCAUUGACACCUCUCUGAGCAGAGACCCUCUGGUUAUAGAACUUGGCCAAAAGCAGGUGAUUCCAGGUCUGGAGCAGAGCCUUCUAGACAUGUGUGUAGGAGAGAAGCGAAGGGCAGUCAUCCCUUCUCACUUGGCCUAUGGAAAACGGGGAUUGCCACCAUCUAUCCCAGCGGAUGCAGUGGUACAGUAUGACGUGGAGCUGAUUGCACUGAUCCGAGCCAACUACUGGCAGAAGCUGGUGAAGGGCGUUUUGCCUUUGGUAGGCAUGGCCAUGGUGCCAGCCCUCCUGGGCCUCAUUGGGUAUCACCUAUACAGAAAGGCCAGCCAACCUAAAGUCUCCAAAAAGAAGCUCAAGGAAGAGAAACGAAACAAGAGUAAAAAGAAAUAAUAAAUAAUAGUAAUUAAAAAGAAAAAAAAAAAA